AUGUCGCCGAAGAAGCGCGCCGCUGAGCCAGUCCUGUCGGAGGCCCCAAGUGAACAGCUGCAGCUGUCCGUGCUGGCGACCACGAGAUCCAAGCAGCAGAAGUUGUUUGCUGUGAAGAGUGAGAAGACGAGUGAGAGUGAGCCGGUGGAGCAGUGCCAUUCUGUCAACUUGGAGCGACUGACUGCUGUCAGCCUGGCCAGGGACGCCAUCCUGAUGCACCCAAUCUUUUCAGAUGUGCUGUCAUCUCCCCCAUUGAGCAUGGACGAAGGCAAUCACAAGGUGGCUUUCAAUGUGAACCAUGCGACUAUGACCUUGCAGAACAGUGGCAAAUAUGAUUGCUCUGCCAACCUUUUCUGGUUGAAGGUCACCCAUCUUGUGCAGCCUGGUGUUCCAAUCAACGAGCGAUCCAUCCGAAUCAUCAUGGAUACGAAGUUUGCAUCACCAAAGACUUUGCUUGACCAAAUAGUGGUUCGAGCGCCUCAGGCGGCCACAGGACAGUCCAUUGCGCAAAGGUUUGGAGCACUUGAAUUUGUCAGUCCGCCGGAAGUCAUCCAUGCUCUGUUGCUUCGAAUCCAUGAGAGACUUGAACCUGCAGAAGAAGAAGAGUUGCGGGCAUGGCGGAAUUUGUGCCUGACCUGCACAUUUGUCUUCGAAAAGCUCAGCAGCCCGGAUGAAGCAUAUUGGAGGGCUGUCAACUUGCGCGAGCAAGUUGUGACUGACUUUGAAAGCUUGGCCCGUGAUGUGUCCCAGAGAGUCUUUGAGUUGGUGGGCUACAGAAACCUGAUGAAGACCACUCACAAUCGGGAGCUAAACAACAAAGACCUGGCCGCUGCAUGGAAGCAACAUGUCAUUCAAUGUGAGUCGAAGUUCAGUGACAAAGUCACUGAGAAUUUUGUUGACACGGCGAUGAAAGUGUACAAUCGACUCUUUGUCGCUUGCCCAGACAGCCUGCAUAUCAUCAUGGAGGAUGUGGUGCUGUACAAGUACCCUGAUGGCCAAUGGGUGCUGCAGAAGUACCCUUUGUCCCUGAGCCCUUUGAGUCGUGAGGGAGCUGAGAUUUGUCCGGCAUUUGUUGCUUUUCAGGACGCCAAAAUGAACGGCAAGGCGUCGCCUUUCAAUCAAAUGAGCGCUUUGGAGCAGAUCACCAUGAAGUGCAAAACCCCUGAGAACGUUCUUUGGGUCAUGAGAUCCAUCAUGGACUACAUGCACAACAUGCCGGAUGAGUUUGGGGCCCAGAACUUUACUUUCAGGCAGCUGAAGGGUGCUCAGGGGUCGGUUGGCUACAUUCAGCUGUUUCUGACCAAAAAGGAGAUUAUGGAGCACUUCCUGACAAAUGUUCUGAGCAAGUUUCCCAGGGAUGAGUUCAAAGACUUUGUCAAGGGCAACCUCACCAGCCACCAGGGUUUCAGAUCGUUCUGCGGAAGUGAGCAGGAAGCAGUUGACUUGUCAUGGCAAGGUGAGCACUCAGACGCAGAAAUCCAAUCAGUCCAGUUCCUGAAGAUUGUGGUGUUCAGCAAGGCUUUGGAUGGGCACUUGAAGACAGUCCUCAAAGGAACCACCAACAUUGAGGAUGUCAUGAUGUCUCAGAAAGUGGCUGAUAUUGUCACAGAGCUCAUGUUGAAGCUGGAGGCCGAGAUCAAUCCCGGUGCUGUGAAGAGCUCAGCGCUUGUCCCUGAUGACGAUUGUGAAGAGACAAAAGUUUCUUUGGAAAGCCUGGUGGAUAGUGACCUCCUGGAGGAUGAGGACAAGGCGCGAGAUCUCCAAGAGCACUUCAAGGCAGUCCAGGAGUAUGUUGGACGCUUCAUCACCUUCAGGGUGGCAGAGCAAUCCGUUCUGAAGACUCAGCAAGCACUGGAAGGCACUGUGCUGAAGAAGUUUCCAGUGCGAGGCAAGCACUGGUGCAUUUGGUACGAUACCAAAGUUCAAGGUGAAUCCUCGGCGCAACCACAUUGCCGCUGCCCACCAUACCAAAAGGCAACUUUCAAGAAGCAUGUGCAGGCAGCUCUGGCAGUCCGCGAUCAGUCAGAACUUGGAGAACAGACAUUGGUGAUGUGCAUGGACGGGUUUCGUUCUUUGGAAGGGCAAUUCUCAAAGGACUUGCAACAGCCCAGCGGUGAUCCCAUGGUGAAGAACCGCACCACCUUUCAGGUGGCCUAUGAUGAGAAGGCGCUGCGGACCCGGAAGAUGCUGACAAGAGGCAUGGUCAGUCAGGUUGAAGGGCUUCAUGUGUACAGCUCUGAGGGUUUGUCCUUGCAAGAUCGUGAUCGGAUGACCUACCACGGGUCCACGCAUGGGUCUUUGAUCGGCCCAGUCAUUGUUGCUCCUUUCAAGGAGGGGUUUCUUCUGAGCAGAGAGUCCAAGGAAAAGUUCCUCGGUGAUGACGGCAAGAUCCUGGCCGGCGGGGCGUGUCCGUCACAGACCCCGGUUCCAGAUCUGGGUGACAAGGUUCCAGUGACUUACUACUCAUUGCCAACUGUCUUCUACUCGGAGAUGAUCCACUCAUUCGAGCUUGGCGGUGUCUAUGGUAGCACAUGCAUGGAUGUGAGCUUUGCUUUGGCCUGCCUCAAAAGCAAGACUCCAUAUGUUGGGUCAUGCCUCAGUGAGUUUGCUUGUCAAGCGCUUGAAGCCGAAGUGAUUCGCAUUUGCUGGAAGGAGUUCUUGACACCGGAGUCCCCCCUGUAUGACAUCAACCUGCACAAGCUGGUGGAAGAUGUCAAUGUGAAGGCCCCAAAGGGCAAGAGUGGCAGGGGUGGUAAAGGUGGCAAGAAUGGCAGAUCUGGCAAGAGUGGCAGGGGUGGCCAGGGUGGCAAAAGCGGUGCAGAUGAUACAGCUGAAGAAGGUGCAGGCGAAGGAGGGAAAGGAGGCAAAGGCGGCCAAAGUGGUGCAGACAGCAAAAGUGGACGAGGGAAAGGAGGCAAGAGCAAAGGCACCACAGAGGCAGACAUCAUGGGCUUGCUGAACUCCCUCAGCGCAUCUGCCUGA